AAAUAAAUUUCCCCUUCUUCCCCGCGCAUACGCCCUCCGAUUGACAUCUGCCCUUUCCUUUACUCAUACCUUCCCUCUAGUCCACCCAGCACGAACUUAUAAACCCACCACCUUUCCAUCCCCAUCCUCAAUCCAGUCCUUACCCUAAACCAAACCAACCCCCCACAAAGCAAGCCAACCCCCCUCUUUCCCCAAAGAACACCCUCAAAGCAACGCAAAAAGAAAAAACAAAAAAACAAAAAAAAUGCCCGCCCUCCUCGAAGACCCCCUCACCACCCUCCCCGCGCCAGCAGCCGCACAAACCGCCGCGCCCACCCUUCUCCCGCGCAAGGCAACCCUCAAAGACGCCACGCCCGUCACCCUAUACCCCAUCGCGGGCGGGCCAGCCACCGUCCCCGAGAGUCUGGUAGCCUACCUGCACCAGGAAUUCAGCGCCGAGAUCGUCCGCGGCAGCACGUAUCCGAUGGAGGAGCCGAUGACGCUCGAGACCUUUAGGGGGUAUUGGUUUGGGACAUUUGCGGUUGUGGCUGUUGUCGAUGAGGAGGACGACACUGAUGGACAGGGGCUGGGAUUGGUGGAGGGUAGGGAUUGGGCGCGCGUGUGUUUGGGGACGUUUUAUGUGAAGCCGAAUUAUCCGGGUCGGUGCUCGCAUGUCUGUAACGCCGGGUUCUUUACGACGCCGGCGGCGCGAGGGCGCGGUGUGGGAAUGGUGAUGGGGCAGACGUAUUUGGAGGUUGCGCCGGUGUUGGGCUACAAAUACUCCGUCUUCAACCUCGUCUUCGCCAACAACACCGCCUCCGUCAGGAUCUGGGAGAAGCUGGGCUUCCAGGUCAUCGGCCGGGUGCCGCGCGCCGCGCGCCUGGCCAACAGCACCGAACUGGUUGAUGCGUUGAUCAUUGGGCGGGAUCUGGUAUAAACCUGAAGGGCUCAACUGUCUCUCGCUGCACCCCUGCAUAUCGAUAUACCCCAAGACGGGAGGCACCUGUAAAUACUAUCACCGUUUCUUCGAUUCCCACUGUUUGAUAGACCAGAUAAAUAUAGAUUACUGUACUUGCUCGACACCACACCAGCAAAAAUGACACCGCUGAGAAAUGCAUGAGGGGGAUAUCAAUCUGCAAAGACACGCAAAAUCGGCU